AUGGUUUCCUAGUUGAUGAGGUGUUAUUUGCAUACUGUUGUGUUAUGGAUAGAAUAACAGUUAAACUUGCGGCUUUGAUUUUGAUAGCAUUUACAACUGCGAAUGGAAAAGAAAUAACUUCAGUAGACAGUGAUGCUGCUUGUGGAGUGUCUCAGCCUCUCAGAGUAACUCAAUCUUUGGGAUUUUUGACUUCUCCAAAAUUUGAUAAUUUCCAUUAUUAUCCAGCCAAUCAAAACUGCUCAUGGACCCUGAAAGUACCGGAAGGAAAGGUGAUAUUUUUGAAAAAAAUGUAUUUUGGUUUGAAUCAAGAGUGUGAGUUUGAUGCACUUACAUUAUACGAAGGAGAGCCGCCAAAUCACAAGAGGAUAGGAAAAUAUUGUGGAUACUGGAUACCUGUAACACAUAGAACAAAAACAAAUAUUCUUCACAUCAAUUUUAUUAGUGGCAGAGUACCACGAAACGUAGGCUUCCAGUUCUUUUUUAAAGAAGAAUAUCCCACCGUGAAAUGCAAGGAAGGCGAAAUUUCUUGUCGACAUAGAACAAGAUGCGUUUCUUCAACAAAACGGUGUGAUGGUGUGGAUGACUGUGGUGAUGGUACAGAUGAAGAAGCAUGUGGUUCUAUUUAUAAAGACAGAACAGAGUGUGGAAUCCCCAAAGUGCAACCUAUUCUCGAAAGUAAUCGAAUCGUUGGUGGAAGAGACGCCAUCCCUGGGAGUUGGCCAUGGCAAGCCUCUUUGCGUCUGGUAGAUUAUGAGCCAUACAGUCACAACUGUGGUGGAGUGCUUAUAAGCAAUCAGUGGCUGUUGACAGCAGCACAUUGUUUUAAGAACAACAGACUAGGUACAGAGAAUUGGAAUGUUUUGUUUGGAAAACAUUUUCGUCUAGUACCGGAUGAUACUGAGGAACUUCGAUACAUGGAUUCCAUUUAUAUUCACCCUGGUUAUAAAGGCCUUGAAGAAUCGAGGCUUUCUAUACCAUGGAUUAUAAGAAAACAGCAUGACAUUGCUCUGGUGAAGCUAAAUGCCCCAGUCACCAUUAACGAUUAUGUGUCUCCAGUUUGCUUACCUCAAACGAAUCAUUCAUUAAAAUCAGGAAUCAUGUGCUACGUGACAGGAUGGGGGGAAACGUAUGGAACAGGAUUUGAAUUGGAGCUUAAACAAGCUAUGGUCCCAAUUGUGUCUUUAGAAACUUGUAACGAGUGGCAUCGGUUUUUUGACAUAGCUCCAACAAUGCUCUGUGCGGGGCACAAAGACGGAGGACAUGAUUCAUGUCAAGGUGACAGUGGCGGCCCCUUAGUCUAUUUGGAAAAUGAGACAUGGACAUUGGCAGGAAUCGUUUCUACAGGUGGCUCGAUUUGUGCAGCAGAGAAACAGCCUGGAAUCUAUACUCUUGUUUCUUAUUACAUAAGCUGGAUAGAAAAUGUCACUUCCAUUGACUUUGGUUUAAAACCGAUACCAUUCGGCAACACGACAAUCGCGUGUGGAUUAGAGAGACCACUUGUUUUGAAAAAUGAAUAUGGUUUCAUCAGUUCUCCAGGGUUUAAUUUCCAGACAUAUCAAGAGAAGAAAAAUUGUUCAUGGACUAUAAUUGCUCCUGAACAUAAGCAAGUUUUUUUGAAGAAGUUUUACUUCAACAUCAAUCGUGAGUGCGAGUUGGAUUCCUUAACCCUCUAUGAAGGGGCGCCACCGAAACACACCAGAAUUGGUCAAUACUGUGGCAUGUGGAUGCCUCUGUCUUACAAAUCGAAAACUAAUGUCCUUCAUUUGUCCUUUAUCAACAGCCGAACUUCUCGAAACACUGGUUUCCAGCUUUUCUAUAAACAAGUAUUGCCUACUGUAAAAUGUGACUCAGAUGAACUUACUUGCCGACACCGCACCAAGUGUGUACCGUUAAACAAAGCAUGCGAUGGUGUUGAUGAUUGUGAAGAUGGCAGUGAUGAAGAAAAAUGUGAAAUUGCUGACGAAAGUAGUGCACUCUGCGGCUUGCCGAAGAUAGCACCGUUUCUUGGUAGUAAUAAAAUUGUCGGAGGCAGAGAUGCAAGACCCGGUAGCUGGCCAUGGCAAGCUUCAUUAAGGCUGGUUGCAGACGAACCCUACAGCCAUACGUGUGGCGGGAUUUUAAUUGGAAAGCAAUGGAUUUUGACUGCAGCUCAUUGUUUCAGAGAUGGCAAUCUGGAUCUUCGUCGCUGGAACGUCUUAUUUGGAAAACAUUUCAAGCUUGUUCCAGAAGAUACAGAGCAACUACGAUACAUGGAAACUGUAGUUAUACAUCCAGAAUACAAAGGUCUUGAUGAUACAAUGCAAAAGCAGCAUGACAUUGCAUUAGUGAAACUAAAUGCUGCUGUUACAAUCACCGAUUUCGUCACUCCAGUUUGCUUACCCCAACGAAAUAAAACAGUCACACCGGGGACAACGUGCUAUGUGACUGGUUGGGGAGAAACUUACAGCACAGGGUUUGAAUUAGAACUGAAGCAGGCCGAAGUACCCAUUGUACCAUUCGAAACGUGCAAAUCUCAGUAUAAAGGUUUUGAGGUACACCCGAGUAUGAUAUGUGCUGGGCAUGAAGAGGGUGGCCAUGAUUCUUGUGAGGGAGAUAGUGGUGGUCCUUUGGUAUAUUCAGAAGAUAGAAAGAAUUGGCAAUUAGUAGGCAUUGUAUCAACAGGUGGAGCAUUUUGUGCGAGCAAGCAGCAGCCUGGUGUAUAUACAUUAGUGUCACAUUACGUUGAUUGGAUUCAAAAUGUUACUGCUAUUGAUUUUUACAGUAAAAAACGCGACGUACUCUAAAACUAAU